UCACGGGGGUCCGGUGAGCCGUCGCUCCAGGUCCUCCCAGCUGAUAGCGCCACGGAAGAGGAAAGGGGGGGGGGGGAACAUGGCGGCGGCCGAAGAGCUCCAGCGCCCACUUAAUGCUGCGCCCACAUCCACGGCUUCCUCCUCGCAAGGCCUGAGCGGCGGAGGAGGAGGGGGCCCCGGACCCAACCCGCUCUCCCGGAAGCUCCGCAAAGUGCUGGAGACACGGCUGGAGGCCGACAAGGAAAUGUUGGAAGCACUCAAGGCUCUAUCAGCCUUUUUUGUAGAAAAUAGUUUGCGUACCAGAAGAAAUUUACGCGGGGAUAUUGAACAUCGCAGUUUAGCCAUAAAUGAAGAAUUUGUCUACAUUUUCAAGCAAGUGAAAGAGGAGCUUGAAGGCAUAAAUGAAGAUGUGCAAUUCAUGAAUAACUGCUGUCAGGAGAUGACUAAUCACUUGAAGGCAACCAAAGAGCAAACCCAGGAUUUAAUAGUGAAGACAACUAAACUUCAAGCAGAGAACCAAAGAUUGGAAUUAAAAGCACAAAUAGCAGAUGCUUUCAUAACAGAGUUCCAGCUUUCUUCAGAAGAGAUGAACAUCCUUCGAGGUGCAAGAGAUGGACCUGUUACAGAGAAUUUUUUUAAAGUAUUGGGAAGAGUCAAGCAAAUUCACAAUGAUGUCAAGAUCCUUCUCCGCACAAACCAGCAGAGAUCAGGCCUAGAGAUUAUGGAACAGAUGGCUUUACUUCAAGAGACUUCAUAUGAACAACUCUACCGAUGGGCACAAGGUGAAUGCAGGGCUUUAACUCAAGAAUCCUGUGAUAUUUCUCCAGUCCUAGCACAAGCAAUGGAAGCUUUACAAGACAGGCCUGUUCUGUAUAAAUAUACCCUUGAUGAGUUUGCAACUGCUAGAAGAAGUGCUGUGGUCCGUGGUUUCAUAGAUGCCCUCACCAGAGGAGGUCCAGGGGGAACCCCCCGGCCCAUUGAAAUGCAUUCCCAUGAUCCUUUAAGAUAUGUAGGAGACAUGUUGGCAUGGCUUCAUCAAGCUACUGCUUCUGAAAAAGAGCACCUGGAAGCCCUGUUAAAAUUCAUAACUACUGAAGGAGUAGAAGAAAAUAUGCAAGAAGUGGUUGGACAUAUCACAGAAGGAGUUUGCCGACCUCUCAAGGUUAGAAUUGAACAGGUAAUAGUGGCUGAACCAGGAGCUGUCCUUCUAUACAAAAUUUCUAAUCUUCUUAAAUUCUAUCACCACACCAUCAGUAAUAUUGUGGGGAACAGUGCUGCUGUACUCUUAACAACCAUAGAAGAGAUGCAUCAGUUGAGUAAAAAGAUAUUCUUCAACAGCUUGAGCCUUCAUGCAAGUAAACUCAUGGAUAAGAUUGAAUUGCCACCUGCGGAUCUUGGCCCAAGCUCUGCACUGAACCAAACACUUGCCCUACUGCGUGAAGUACUAGCAUCUCAUGACUCCUGCGUUAUUCCUUUGGAUACUCGUCAGGCUGACUUUGUACAGGUCCUUUCCUGUGUGCUGGAUCCGCUGCUACAGAUGUGCACUGUCUCUGCUAGUAACUUAGGAUCUGCUGACAUGGCAACCUUCAUGGUGAAUUCACUUCAUAUGAUGAAGACACUAGCUCUGUUUGAAUUCACAGAUAAACGGCUUGAAAUGUUACAGUAUCAGAUUGAGGCACAUCUUGAUACCCUUAUAAAUGAGCAAGCCUCUUAUGUUUUAACUAGAGUGGGACUCAGCUACAUAUAUAAUGUUUUACAGCAACACAAGCCAGAACAGGGUCCCCUGGCAAAUAUUCCCAGUAUGGAUGCUAUGUCCUUAAAAGCUGCAAUGGUCCAAUUUGAUCGUUAUUUAUCAGCGCCCGACGGCCUGCUAAUGCCACAGAUAAAUUUUCUCCUGAGCACUGCUGUUAAACAGCAGAUAAUAAAACUGUCCACAGAACUUGUCUGCAGAGCUUACAGUGAAGUAUAUGCAGCUGUGAUGAAUCCAGACAAUAAAUAUAAAGAUCCAGAAACAUUAUUACACAGAUCACCUCAUCAAGUUCAAGCACUUCUCUCCUAACCUUUUCAUCAGAAACAUUCCUUAUGAUAUUCUCACUGUUUACAAUUAGAAUACAGUCAUGGCACCAAUGAAUGUAGGCACCUACAGUGUGGUUUUUAUGAUAAUGACACUCAUGCAGUUGGACUACAGAUGGGUGCAAAUUUACUUGGCUGAAAUCUUGUUGGUUUUAGAGGAAUUAAAACUGCUUGUUUAUGUGCAGGAUUGAGCAUGUUGUCUGACAUGCAAGAGAAAGAUUGGGAUUUGAAAUUGAAUUUAACUUAUUUUUGUAUUUGGAAAAGCAUUGUGAUAACGUUCAGGCUUGUUGGGAAGGGGAAAAAGUACAGUAAACUAUUUGUGGCGUUGAUGAAAAAAUAAAACAGGGUAAACCCAAAACACUUCAUGCUUUCAGUGGCUUAACAUGCUUGGCAUUAUGCUGACAUUCUUUUCCUUGCCAAUUUGAGAAAAAAUCCCAGUAGUUGGAUGUAUCCCAUUUUGCCCAUGAUUUCUUGUUGUUCUUAUUGUGUAGCCUUUUAAUAGUUUCUGACCUGUGGAGGUCCUAUGGUGGUCCUAUCAUGGGGUUUUCUGAUGUCAUUCUCAGUGGGUUUCAUGACUGAGUGAGGAUUCCAACCCUGUUCUCCAGAGUUGUAACCCAGUCCUAAAACCACAAUGCCACAUCGGGUCUGCAACAAAAAUGGAAAUCUGAAGUCUUAGACUUGGAAAAUCUAAGUCAUUAAUCAAAUAUGUUUGCCAAAAUUGAUCUUGCAUACAAUAAACUGUCUCCUCUGGCCUUGUAGGAUGGACGCCCGAAUGUGUCCACUAUCUCAAGAUUUUCAAUUAUAUGGGGGACCUAGAUCACCUCAACAGGCCCCCCACUAGAGCUGUCCACUCUUUCCCGGUGUAGAGCAGGAGGAGGAUGGAGAAACAAUGAAGUUAUUCGUUUGUCUCCUAGAACCAAUCCAAAACAAUACCCAAACUUGGCAAUGAAGAUGAGAUUGAGGGGGGAUAGACAUUGCUUGUGUUUCCUUCUGUCCCCAUUUAUGUCGUUGGAAUUGCAGCGCAUGAGUGCAAUCCAAAUAGUUAUUGUUCCAAGCUCUGUCAUUUCCCUUCAUACAAUGGAAGACAAAAUGUCUGCAGUGAACAGUCUUAAGUUAAAAUGGCAUCUAGUAUAUUUUUCUUUUCUUUUGCUUCUUAUUAAUUAAGGAAAACCAAAAAAUGCAAGCGCACUAAUCAUUAUGAUUUCUGAUGAUCCAGAAGCAUCAGGUUCUUCAGAGAUCAAAGGACUUUGUCUAUAGGUCUCUCCAGACUGAAUUGAAGCAUUUUAAACUAUUCUUUAUCCUUCCAUCAAUUGUACUUGGGAUCUGCCCUGUGUUAUCUGUGUUAUUUUAUGAUUCCUAGUUCACUUCUUUAUGGCAGCACCAAGGGAAAUGUAACCUAUAAGCCUGGGUUUAGGAGACCUCAUCUUUUCCACACACACACACACACAGGAAUCUGCAGUGAGUCCCAUUUUAAUCAGUGGCAUAUAAAUUAUGGCUAUCUUGUCUUAUUGACUUCAGUUGUAGCCAACGUAUUCUGAAUCUAUCACAGAGAAAUAUAUCACAGAUAUUUUAAUUCAUGAGGAUUUCCAAGUAUUUGCACAUAUGAUGAAUGAAUGUUUUCCACAUCAGAUCAGCGAGUAAAUGAAACAAUCUUGAGUCUGAUAAUGUUUGUAAAAAAAAAUCUAAAAGCUGCAAUGAUGCAGUUACACUUGUAAUCACUAAUGUAAGUAGCAUUGAAAAUAUGGGUUGUUAUAAAAAGGUUCAGUUUGAAAUUCACUAGACUGUUGUCUAAUAAUUGCAAGAAAUUUGUCUGUAAAUAAAUCCUAUAUAUUUUAUAUAAAAUACCUCAGUUCAAUAAAGGAUGUCAUCUCAGUGUGAA